AUGAAGAUCUCUAAAACGCUGCUACAGCAUGGUAGAAAAGUAAUUGAUAAGUACAACCUAUAUGUUCCCACGGAAGGUGUCUUCCCUAAGGGCUACAAAGUUGGCUCAAUUGCGUCCGGUGUUAAGAAGAAUGGUAACCUUGAUCUGGGUGUGUUAGUUAAUACUAAUACUUCGAGACCAUCUUCCGCAGCUGCUGUUUUUACAACUAAUAAAUUUAAAGCUGCUCCAGUGUUGACUUCUAAAAAGGUAUUGGAAAGUACUCAAGGCAAUGGUAUCAAUGCGAUUGUUGUCAAUUCGGGAUGUGCUAAUGCUGUCACUGGAGAAUUGGGUAUGCAAGACGCCCAAGAAAUGAUCGAUUUGGUUAACAGAAAGAUUGGAAAACCGAACAGUACACUGGUUAUGUCUACUGGUGUUAUUGGACAGAGACUGCAAAUGGAUAAAAUUUCUGCUGGGAUAAAAAACAUAUUUGAUAAUAAUGCUCUGGGAAAUGACUUCAAGUCGUGGCUAAACAUUGCUAAGUCCAUUAAUACUACAGAUACUUUUCCAAAACUAGUGUCAAGACAAUUUGAGCUUUUAAAUGGGCAAAAGUACACUUUAGUAGGUAUGGCUAAAGGUGCAGGUAUGAUUUGUCCCAACAUGGCCACUUUGCUUGGUUACUUUGUAACAGAUUUGCCUAUUGCAUCUUCGGCAUUACAGAAAAUCUUGCGUUUUGCUACCGACCGUUCUUUCAAUUGUAUUUCUGUUGAUGGAGAUAUGAGUACUAAUGAUACCAUUUGCAUGAUUGCUAAUGGUGCUGUGGAAACUGACGAAAUUACUGAAAGUUCUGAAGAAUACGAACAAGUGAAAUCUCAAGUUACUGAAUUCGCAAAGACAUUAGCUCAAUUGGUAGUAAGAGAUGGUGAGGGAUCUACUAAAUUUGUUACUGUGAAUGUUCAAAACUCAUUAACUUUUGAAGAUGCCAAGAUUAUUGCCGAAUCUAUAUCUAACUCCAUGCUAGUUAAGACGGCAUUGUAUGGACAGGACGCCAACUGGGGCAGAAUUUUGUGUGCCAUUGGUUAUGCUAAGCUAGACAACUUGAAAUCAUUGAAUACAGACUCAAUUUCAGUGUCUUUCAUUGCUACCGACAAUUCUGAACCAAGAGAGUUGAAGUUGGUGGAAAAUGGUGUUCCUCAAUUGGAUGUUGAUGAAGAAAGAGCUGCACAAAUCCUAGCUCUUGAUGACCUAGAAGUCCUGGUUGAUUUAAAGACCGGUAACGAAUCAGCUCAAUUUUGGACUUGUGAUCUAUCUCAUGAAUAUGUUACUAUAAAUGGUGACUAUAGAUCAUAG